GAAGAAGAACGUGAAGAAACAGCACAAGAGAAAAAAAUACGUUUGGCCAAGCAAUAUAUUGAACAAAUUAAAAAAGAAGAAAGUGAAAAGUUACAUGAUGAAGAAAUAGAUCAUGAUAUUAUUGCUUCCAGAUUAAGACAAGAAACAUUAGAGAGAACUAAACAGAUCUAUCAUGAACGUGCCAAUAAACUUAUAUGUCCCUCCAGCGAAUUAAUUAAAGUAUUAAGAGGACAUCAAUUAUCUAUAACCUGUCUUGUUAUCUCCCCUGACGAUCACUUUAUAUACUCAGCAUCUAAAGAUUGUUCUAUUAUUAAAUGGGAUGUAGAGAACUGUAAGAAAAUACAGACAAUACCUGGUGGUAGAAAAGGUACAGAAAAAACACAUAUUGGUCAUACAGCGCACAUAUUAUCUUUAGCUAUUACAACAGACAAUAAAUAUUUAGCCUCUGGUGAUAAGAAUAAUCUGGUACAGAUUUGGGAUCCAUCAACAUUCAAACAUAUAAAAACAUUUCGUGGGCAUAGAGGACCUGUUUCAGGUUUGUCAUUCAGAAAAGGCAGUCAUCAAUUAUUUAGUGCAUCUCAUGAUAGAUCUGUUAAAAUUUGGAAUUUAGAUGAAAUGUCUUAUGUUGAAACAUUAUUUGGUCAUCAAGACAGUAUAACAGAUAUAGAUAGUUUAAGCAGAGAAAGAGCUAUAACAUCUGGUGGUAGAGAUAGUAGUGUAAGAAUCUGGAAGGUUGUAGAAGAAUCACAGCUUGUUUUUAACAGUAAUAGAGGAUGUGUAGAUUGUGUAUCGUUAAUAGAUGAAUCAAGUUUUAUCACAGGUCAUGAUAAUAAUGCACUUUGUUUAUGGAAUGUGACUAAAAAGAAACCAACAUUUACUAGACUUGGAGCUCAUGGUGAAAAGAAAGAAGGUGAAAAGAUAAUAACAGAAGAAAAUUGGAUCACUUCUGUUUCUUCAUUACAAUAUUCUGAUUUAAUUGUAUCGGCAGGAUCUAAAGAUGGUUGUAUUAGAUUUUGGAAAGUUGGUAAAGACUUGAGAUUUUUAUCAUUGUUAUUUACACUGCCAAUAAAAGGCUUCGUGAAUUCUUUAAAGUUUUCUAAUAAUGGUAAAUUUCUGGUGGCUGGAAUUGGUCAGGAACAUAAAUUAGGAAGAUGGUGGAGACUUAAAGAAGCUAGGAAUUCAGUGUGUAUUAUACCUUUAAAUUAUCAAGACAAUCAAAAACAGAAUGGAAUAAAGUCUGAUCAGACGACAGAGACAGUACCUCAGUCUACUACGUCAUGA